AUGUCGUAUUAUAUUAUACCGAUUUUGGCUCUCAGCCUUAUCCACGGGGCUAGCGCGAGCGACGACAGUAGCGCUAGCGGUUGGGACGACUUCGCAAAUAAUUUCGCAACUGACAUCGCUCCAAUAGUCGUCCUAUUCGGUGAACAGGUUACCAAACAAUUUCUCAGCGAAUCGACCAGUAUCCUAGACCACAUAAUAUUCGCCGUCGCACCAUUGGGGGUUCUAACCGCUGUCGUCUCAGUCAUUCGCGUGUGCGGGAGUUCGUCAUUAAAGGCAUUCAUAGGAAGAGCACAAGAAGCUCAUGGGAUCUCGGAAGCAGAGUUGUGCUCUUCAACUAGCAGAAAUGUAUGCGAACUAUGGUCUAAUGGUGGCAUCAGUCGGAUUUUUGGCCGUCCGAAGAUUUUGGAGUUUGUUUUUUCUGGUAGGGAAGAUUUCUAUGUUAAAUUUCCCGUGAAGAAGGGACAAACCGAUGAGCAGGGGAAGGAGCAAAAAAAUGAGGAGACGAAGGAUGAGCAGGCUAUCGGUGAGAUUAAGUACCCUUCGUGUGGGAUUCACAAAUCAAAGGCUUUUUUUUGUCCCGGUAAAUUCCGUGACGACGGUGAGCCUGUGGAGCUAGCGAAUUGGAAAGAGGUCGAUGAACUCGCGUCGACUCAGGGAUCAGACCAAGAGUCGGCCACGCCCCGAUUUGCUCCUCAUCCUAACUUAUCAUUGAACGUUGGAAUAAUGCCGCCGCCCCGGUGGGUCCAGUGGGCCGUUGUUGUAUUUGGGGUUUUGCUUCAGUUAAGCUUCUUCGGCUACGCUACAUGGGCUUCUUUCUAUGCGCCGGAUAUAUGGGAAGACGGUAAACCGCCUCAGAAAUGGGCUUUUCCACUUGCGGCUAUGGGAACAGGGCUUCUCGUUACCGGUAUGGGAUUGUGCGCGAUGUUAAUCGACCGUCGCACUCAUGAACGAACCUUCGUGAAAAUUAAGCAAGUAGGGUCAACUGAAAAGGGCUCAUACGAGCCGGUACCCUCCCAGGCCAUAAUGUUCUGGCUCCAGCCCGGCGACCAAUCCAUCGGCGAUCAAGUUUUUAACGCUUUCGCUCAUUGGGAAUGCAAAGAUAAAUAUAUAACUUCCUGGCGUGCGGACAGUUCGAAUCAAACAGCCUCAAUCUUCACCGUUUGGACGGCAAUCAUAUUUUCCACUUUGGGGUUUAUAUUACAAUUCAUCGGAUUGAGAGGCCUUCAUGGAUCCGUAGCACUUUACCAGAUCGCCGCAACUUUAAUUAUGUCAAUUAUUCGGGCGGCGUUGAGAAGUAAGCGGAUCGACGAAGGAAAGAAUAGAUUAAAGGAUCACAGAAGUGUAGAGGGACAUGAGCUUGACUGGAUUGCGCUACAAAUCGAUCUGGCAGCAGCGCAUGAGCUGAAGAAAAAUCCGCCAACAGCGCGGGACCAAUAUUCGACAGAGCCAUCGGACACCCAAGGGAGUACUAUACAUACCCCCACAGAGAAUGGAAAUGAUAAAAAUGGGUUAUCAUUGCAAGAGAACGGGACGGAAGCAGAAGGAAUGCGAGAAAGCGAUGUGGAUACAACGAGAGAAGGGACCAGAAGUCCCUCAUCUCGACUCAAAAUCGACCACUUCCCAACCGGCUCACUUCCAGCUAAACCAAAAAACCUGGCAUCGGACUCCCCCGAAGUCGAUAUUGUUGCAUUAUGCUCGUCAGCCUGGCGAGAGUGGAUCAAACUCCACGAGGAAGACGAAACAGACAGCCGAAGACCCAACAAAGCAGCAAGAAUUUUACACUAUAGGCAUCGUCUAGCUCGCUUGACAGAUUCUACCACGUCUGAACAGGAACGGCCGUGGGAUACACAGAUUCGGGCCAUUUCCGGAAAACUCAAACAGGCGAUCGAAUCGAUUGCAAUGCACAUAUUCUCCGGUGAGAUGAAGGUCUCAGAUGAAUGGAAAGAUGUGAAAGCAUUAGCAUGGUCAUCGCCUUGUCUAAUCAAUACGAUGGGGGACCCAGAUGCUGGUUAUUUUCCAGUGAAUCAAAGAUUUUUCGAGAGGAGAGGCAUAGCGGCUACGGAACCUGCCAAAAAGGAUAAUGUAAUCUCAAUUCUUCGCCUUUGGAUUAGCCAAACACUCCAGAUCAAAGACGAUGAAUAUUCAUACCCCUUAGAUCCAACAUCCGAGCUUCAACCGAUCCUCUCCGUGGCCGCUUUAACUUCUCCCCGAGACGUGCAUAGGGAUCAAGUCAUACUAUCAACUCCUUCAACAGCUUCACCUCUAGAACUGAUCGCGCAAGAUAUAUUCACAAUGCGCAUCGAGGAUAAGCCGUUCCUCGGGUUAUCAGAGCCGAAUAUCGAAAUUUUGGUUGAGAACUACAUCGCCUCUGGCCUCGGAGUCCGUGAAGAUGCACUAAUAAGCAUAAUUCCAUCCCUUCUCCACCAACGAAAAUUGCCCAUACCGGAAGAAGUUGGCCGACAAGUAGUCCGGACCGCGCACUCACAAAGAAGAAGCGGUGAUUACCAAAAAUGUGAGGAUAUCCUAAAAGGCUUGCUUCAACUCCAAAAUCCAACCAUUGAGGUACUAGCCAUAAAGGGUCUCGGCGAACUUUACCGCUUCAGUAUGAAAUCUCAGAAGGAUGAAAAUCAGGAAUUAGGACGCAGAGUUGGAGAAGAAUUGGGAAAUAUAAAAUGUUUAUCACCUGAGUCAAAGGAAAUCCAAAAGCACUACAGUGCCGUUAUGCAAUAUCACAAUGAUAUUCACAACUUUCCUGAAACCCCACACAACCUCAAUGUCAAGGAAAUCGAAUCGUGGAAAAAGCUGGAGAACGAUCUCCAGGCUACAGAGACAAGACCAUUAGCCUUACUACUAACGACGAAGUACGACCUACAAUACGCUUCUUACCAACGAAUUUCGAAAGUCAUAAAAUGGGCCAUCCAAAGAAAUGCCCCAGAGUUAAUCGAGGAUUUGUGGACAAUCACCAAACUCCAAUCGGAAUUUCUAUGGAAGGAAUAUUCAGAGGAUAAAAAUCCGCUGUUUUGGGCAGUUGAAUUUGACUGUGAGCCGGCGACGUUGCAAUCAAUCAUGGAAUGGCCUAACGCAAGAGUCGGGUCACGGACGCAGGAAGGGAGAACGGCUCUAAUGGAAGCAGCGGAGAAAAGCCGCUUGAUGCACGUACAGGUACUGCUCGAUUUUGGGAUAGAUCCUAAUGAUCUGCAGUUCGACGGGUCCAAUGCGCUUCAUUUCGCAGCGGCUAAAGACAAUUCUGAAAUUGUCGAGCUGCUGUUGAACAAAGGUAUUGAUUUCAAUGCUGAGAAAACUUCUCGAGCUAUAGAAUCCGAGGGAACCGCAUUAGGUAUCGCAGUAUCAAAGGGCCAUUUCAAAAUCGUAGAACUCCUUCUAAGCCGAGAUAUAAAUUCAAAUACACGCAACAAGGCGCUUAAAACGGCAGCAGCCGCAGGUUACCACAAAAUAGUUGACCUGCUCCUCAGCAAAGGCGUUUCCACAGCUGCCGUUUACAAUUCCUUUAAGGAGGCAGUAAAUCGAGACCAUCAUGAAGUAACUAGGUUACUGUUGAAGAAUGGCGCUGAUGUCAAUAAAGGGGUUGUGCUUGCUGCGAGUCGGGGCCAUAGUGACACCCUUGAACUACUAUUAGACAAUGGAGCAGAUAUUGACACCGAUGGCCCCGGUACCGCACUCUUGGCAACAAUUUCUGAAGGUAAGCCGGGUACAGUAGAAGUUCUACUCAAGCGUGGUGCCGAUCCAAAUACCCGCGGCGGGGAAUACGGAAAUGCAAUUAACGCAGCCGCCCACUGUCUUGACUGGAAUUCGAGCCUCAAUAUUAUGAAACUGCUACUAGAUUACAAGGCUAAUGUUAACCCCCAUAAUCAGGAGUAUGGCAAUCCACUCUGCAUCACUACAGCAAAUCGCUGGGGCAAAGCACUUGAAAUGGUAACUUUUCUUCUGAGUUAUGGGGCCGACAUUAAUGCUCAAGGCGGGAAAUAUGGUUACGCACUUACUGCUGCUGCAUAUAGUGGCAACAAGGAGGUUGUGAAACUGUUCUUGACGUCUGGUGCCAUUGUUAAUGCCUUAGGUGGAAAACAUGGUUACGCACUUAUUGCUGCUGUGGACGCCUGCGGUCGCAGCCCUUGCAUGGAAAUCAUUCAAUUAUUAUUAGAGUCUGGUGCUGAUGUUAAUGCCCAAAGUGGAGAAUACGGUUGUGCACUUACCCUUGCUGCAUCCAAAGGCAACAAAGAAGUGGUGAAACUGUUGUUAACAUCCGGUGCUGAGGUUAAUGCCCAAGGCGGACACUACGGUAGCGCACUUACUGCGGCCGCCUACCGAGGCGAAAAGGAAAUCAUUGAGCUGCUAUUAAUAUCUGGUGCUGAGGUUAAUGCCCAAGGCGGACACUAUGGUAGUGCACUUACUGCGGCCGCCUGUCAACGCGACAAGGAAAUCAUUGAGCUGCUAUUAACAUCUGGUGCUGAUGUUAAUUCUAGAAAUAAUGCUGAUACUACAGGAGCAUUUCAUGAUGCACUUAAUACAGCUAUAUAUUACAAGGCCGAAAAAGAAAUUGUUGAACUGCUACUAGCAUCUGGCGCCGAUGUUAAUGUUCAAGGUGGAUAUUAUGGUUAUGCACUUGUUGGCGCCGCAGACAAGGGCAAGGAAGAUAUUGUGGAGCUACUAUUAGCAUCUGGUGCUAACGUUGACGCUCAAAGCGAGAGGUUUGGGACCGCAUUAACCGCAGCCAUAACCAGGAAAUAUUCGGGGAUAAUAGAACUUCUAUUAGAGCAUGGUGCUGAUAUCGCUAUCCAAGGCGGAUGGUAUGGAAAUGCACUGAAUUCUUCGUUAGAAAGAGGUGAUUUUGCGAUCGCACGGCGGUUCGUCGAACUUGGCGCCGAUGUCAAUGUCCAAGGUGGAUAUUAUGGAAAUGCGCUUAACACGGCUCUGCAGGUCUACGGGUGGAACGGCGGAAGAGAAAUGGUCGAACAAUUGCUAGCGCUUGGUGCUAAUGUUAACGCUCAAGGGGGAAAAUAUGGAAACGCUCUCAACACCACAUUGUAUACUGGUAACAUUGAAAUGGCACGACGACUAUUAGACCUUGGUGUUGAUGUUAAUGCACAAGGUGGAGUGUAUGGAAAUGCUCUCAACACCGCAUUGUAUGAACAUAACAUUGAAAUGGCACGACUACUAUUAAACCUUGGUGUUGAUGUUAACGCACAAGGUGGAGAAUAUGGAAGUGCGCUCAUCACAGCUAUAAUUCAUUGUGGGGAGAAUACAACUGAAAUGGUCGAAUUAUUGCUAGCAUCUGGUGCUCAGGUGAAUGCUCAAGGUGGAGAGUAUGGAAAUGCGCUCAAUACAGCUCUAGCCGUACACUUAAAACAGGAGAACGGGGGAAAGCUCGUAAGGCUGCUGCUGGACCAUGGUGCGGACGUUCACGUCCAGGGCGGAAAAUACGGCAGCGCACUCAACGCAGCAGUCGCGUAUGGAAACACGGAGGCACUCCAGGUUCUACUCAAAAAGGGAGCCAAAAUCGUGGCCGAGUCCUUUCCCUAUGACCACGAAAAAGUCAAGGUCCAUGAACGCAAGGGAUACGUACACAGAAAGAUCAUCGAAUGUCUAGGCAAAACGCCGUGCGAAAAGUGUGAAGUAGACGGCUUUGAAAUCUGCGAAGCCACUCGCAAAUCAUGUAAGUUAAAUUGGAUACGCAAAGCCGGUCUCGAAGAUCCGGGCCCGCCUCCACCGAGCGAAUCUGCCGCAGAAUCAUGA